GAGAAAUGAGAAAAAAAAAAAAAAAAAAAAGGAAAAAAAAAAGCUAGUAAGUAAACAGUAUUGUAGUCGUUGGUGAGCUGUCAUUGAUGGUGAGUUUACAUGUGUGUGGUGACUUUACAUGUGGGUGGGAACCAACGAAAACGUGUUCCCGGUUUUUAUCUCUCAAAGUCAAUUAUUUGAAUUUUGAGCGAUAAGAACAAUUAAGUAAGGACUGAGCUAAGAUUCCAUGUUAGGAGUGUUCUCAGUUUUCAUCCCUCAAAGUCAAUUAUUUGAAUUUUGAGCGAUAAGAACAAUUAAGUAAGAAUAGAGCUAAGAUUCCAAGUUAGGGGCUGUAGUAUAUAAAAAAAAAAAUUUAUUAUGAAACUCUAAUUCGUAUUAACAAAUCAAGGAAGUCAUAUAUAUAUAUAAAAUACCCCCAUUGCUUAAUCCCUUAUACUAGAAUUAUAUUAUCCUUUUAGUAAUUAUGGAUCAAAUUACAUUAUUUUUUUUUCCACUUAUAUCUCCGCCGUAAAUGUAAUCCCAAUUAGGUCAUUGGCUUUAGUUUUCCCACCCUCCAACACGCCACAAUUUUUAUUUUUGUUUUCUUAUGUUUUAUUCUCCUCCACCCAUUCAUUCCUUAUCUUCUAGACCUUUCUUUUUCUAUUUUUUUUUUCUCCACCUUUUUUACAUCCACACAAUUAAUCAUUUUUAUUUCUCCCUUCUCCUUCUUCACCUGUUUUGUUUCAUAUUCUUCCUUUUACUUUAUUUCGUCCACCGGAAACUCUCUCUGUCUCUCUUUUCAAUUCGGCAUCUCUCACUCUGUCUCAGUUGUGGUUUUUCUUUUGGAGGCCAUUUAAGGGCUAGGCUUUUUUUAUUUUGGUAAAAUUGGUAAAUCGGGCUAAUUUUUGUAACUUUCCUAUUGGUGAUUUUGUUAUUAGGCUUUUUUUUUGGAGUAUGUUAUUUUUAAUGGUGGCUAAGUGUAAUUAUUAAACCAAAUUGCUAAAUUAGUACUUAUAUGUAUGUAAUAAUAAUUAUUAUUUUUUCCAAAUUUUAGGGGGACAAAGCCAAAGUAUGGCUCCGUCCCUGGGUCCAAGACUCAAAAAUUUUGCUAAACAACAUUUCCUUCAUGGGUCUCACGUAUUUUGGAUUAUGGGUGAUGAAAUAUAACUUGGUUUUCACCCAAUCUAAACACCCUCUCAUCUUUUAGGAAUAAUGAACUACAUUCCAAUCUAAACUCAGUUUUUAUAUGCUCAUAAGAAACUGUCUUUGGUUUAUGCUGUGUCCCUUAACUACAACCAUGCUUUCGCUUUUGUUCUUCUCUACCUUUCUUAUUCAAGCUUCUUUGAGCUCCGUGAUGGACCCUGUCACCUUCUCUUUCCCCACAUUCAAUACUGAAAGUUGCAGCAAUAGAGAGCUUAUUUGCAUGGGUUCAGCGACUGCAGUCGAUGGAUAUUUGAGCAUUACACCGGAGCCACAACACGGAAAUUUCACUCAGCUAAAAACCAAGGUUGGCCGGGUUCUGUAUUCACACCCUAUGCUUGCAUGGCCAGCCAAUAUCUCAACCAUCUUCACUGUUAGAAUUUCUCCCUUCCAGAAUUCAACUGAUUCAGGAGAUGGAAUGGCUUUUAUUAUUGCACCAAAUCAUGAUCCGUCGCCACCAGAUAGCCAUGGCUUCUUUCUCGGAAUCCUUGAUCGGUCAACCGAAGGUGUUGUUCGGCAAUUAGCUGUGGAGCUUGAUACCUACAAGAAUGAAUAUGAUUUAGACGGAAACCAUAUUGGCAUUGACACAACAAGCAUGACAAAUCCGAUUGCAGCAAAGAGUCUUGACUACACUGGCAUUGAGCUCAAAAGUGGAAGAGAUAUCAAGGUCAAAAUUGACUAUGAUGGUUGGAAAAAAAUGCUACAAAUUUCAGUUGGAUAUUCUAGGAAACCAUUAGUGACCGUUCUCGAACAAUCAAUAAUCAUGUCUGACACAGUUCCAAGCUCCGUUUUCGUGGGCUUUACGGGUUCUACGGGGCUCGUCUCAGAAAGUCAUAGGGUCAUUGAUUGGGUUUUCACAUCAGUGCCAUUGCCAUCCUCUUCCAUCCACAAUGGGCAUGAAAAGGACAACAAAAUCAAGAAGAUCGUAUUGGUUAGUGUUACAACAUUUUUCAUGGCUUUGUUGGUUAUAGUGACUUGCGUGUUUCUUCCAUCUGUUUUAAGAAAGCUAAGGAAGAAAAAUCAGAGAGAUCUAGAUAUAGAAACUCAAUCUAGGAAUGCAGCAAAUGUCCCUAAGAUGUUUACGUACAAGCAGCUUUCAAAAGCUACUCGCAACUUCAGCAAGGAAAACUUGUUGGGUAAGGGUGGAUUUGGAAGUGUUUACAGAGGUAUUAUCUCGGUUCCUCCAAAAGUCGUAGCUGUCAAGAAGAUUUCGGCAACCUCAAAACAAGGUGAAAGAGAGUAUAUGGCAGAAAUAUGCACCAUAGGACGCAUGCGGCACAAAAAUAUUGUGCAACUACAAGGUUGGUGCCAUGAGGGAGAGAAUCUACUCCUAGUGUAUGAAUUUAUGUCAAAUGGUAGCCUAGACCGUUUCAUAGGAAAUGAGUUUCUUGACUGGGAAACUAGGUACAAAAUAUUGACAGGGUUGGCCUCGGCAUUACUGUACCUGCACGAAGAAUGUGGUAACCCUGUGGUUCAUCGAGACAUUAAGCCCAACAAUGUAAUGUUAGACUCUGAUUUCAAUGCUCAUCUUGGUGAUUUCGGUCUUGCAAGAAUUCUCCAAAAUGAUGCCUCUGUUACAACUAUGCUAGCUGGGACUCCAGGAUAUUUGGCACCAGAAAUAGGCUUCAUAGGAAAGGCUACCCCAGAAUCUGAUGUGUAUAGCUUUGGCAUGGUAGUACUUGAAGUUGUGUGUGGGAAAAGAUCAAAGGAUACCGUGGCUGAAUAUGGUCUAGUAGACUAUGUAUGGAAUUUAUACGGGGAAAAUGGAUUGGUCGAGUGUGUGGACCAAAUGCUCCAAGGCAAAUUUGACGAGGAGCAAGUGAAGAGGACAUUGAUUGUAGGGCUUGCUUGUUUGCAUCCAGAUUCAAUGUUCCGGCCCAAGAUGAGAAGAGUGGUGAAUAUUCUUAUGGACCCAAACGAGCCCCUAAUGAAUUUGCCAGGAAAUCGACCUAGUGGAGUAUAUGUUGUUUUCCCUACUAAUUCUUCUACUUUCCCAACAGCCACUGAUAGCUCUGCAUUGCUUCAAUCAUCUACGGCAUCGCUUAUGAACUCAAAUGAACCCUUAAUGAAUUCGCCAGGAAAUCGACCUAGUGGAGUAUAUGUAUUUUUCUCUUCUAAUUCUUCUACUUCCACAACAGCCACUGAUGGCUCUGCAUUACUUCAAUCAUCUAUGGCAUCGCUUAUGAACCCAAACGAGCCCUUAAUGAAUUUGCCAGGAAAUCGACCUAGUGGAGAACAUGUAUCGUUCUCUUCUACUUCUUCUACUUCCACAACAACCACGGAUAUCAAUUUUGGCUCAAAAAGUGGCCCUGCAUUGCUUCAAUCAUCUAUGCCAUCGCUAGAUGAGAUUGAGGUCCAAAGUGACUAAAAGUGACAUAGGAGAUGUUUGGUAGACUGUAAUAGAUACUGUAAUGUAAUAGUUAUUUCUAUGGUUUAGCUAUACAGUUGUUUAGUUAAAUUUUUAUUAUGUGUAAUAAUCAUUUCAUAUGAAUCUCUAUUCCUUAAAAUGAGAAAUAUACAUUCCUUUUUAGUUUUUAAAA